AUGCAUGCUGGGAAAUAUCCUGUAAUUUUUAUAAGCAUAAAUAAAAUGGCAUUCGGUUCGAGAGAAAUUGGCUCUGCCAAUUUUCUCUCCCUUAUGGAAUUUUAUUUAUGGGGUUGGGUUUUCUCUCGAGAACUUCUGCACGGCAACAGCCGUUUAACUUUGGGGAUAACCAAAGGCACAGCUCCUCAGUGCACUCAAGAUUUCGGAGUUUUACCUCUCAGCACAUCCCAUGGGAGGAUGACCAUUAGGCGGAACACGCGCAGGAGCUGAGUCUGGACGAGCGACGGCAACGCGCCGGGUGAGAUGUGCGGCGAUUUAUCUGGCGACUAGCCUUAUAGAAGGCUUGGGUGUGGGCUGACCACAUAUUCCAAGAUGGCUUGGUGACGUCACUAGUUGUCGCUUUGACCCUUUUUUAUUAAGGGGUGUGCACUAGACACCUUAAAAACUAUGUAAGUAAGUAAGCAAUUUUUAUAAGCUUUCCGGAAGUGAGAAAUGAAGCUGGUAUAGAUAUUCAUGAAGUAAUACACAAAAAUUUUGGCGACGCAAUUCACUCAGCAUACUGAGACCACAAAUAUGUUUUAGAAAAAUUAAAAGAGCGACUAAAAGAUGGGUAUGAUGAAGAUUUAGAGAAAGAUAUAAAAACAUUUAGGAGCUUCUAUCAUAAUAAGCCCAAUUCAGAUCUUAAAAUAUCGAUCCAAUUUCUAACUCUUCCUUUCUUAAGCGCGAAAAGAUUUGAAAACUUUUGUUAAUUUCUUUUUAAGAAUUUAUAUAUCAAACUUUUUUAAUAAUUCUUUCUUUCGAAACUUGAAAAAAGAAUUAAUAGUGUUUUCAUUGUAAUGAAUAUCACUUAUAUAUGAAGAAUUUUUAUAAAAAAAUUAUAUUAAAUAUAUCUAUUUAUAUAGAUAUAAACAUUUCCACUGAUUGCAGUUAUCUAUAUUUAUAUAUGAAAUAAGAAAAUAAAUAUAUUACUUACUCCCCCAAUCCUUGAUCGAACGGCUCACCAUCGUUCGAUUAAGGAUGGGGUUAAAAACAAUUGGAAAGAAAUUUUAUAUAUAAAAUAAAAAAUAUAUGUUUUUUUUUAUAUACUUUUAAAUAAGAGGGUUAAGAGUAUUUAAUAAUUAUUUUUACAGUAAAAAUUGAAUUAAUUCAUCUACCAAUUUUUAAUAUUUUGAUUUAUUGGUUGCCCCUUUAAACUGUAUAAAUUUUAAUUUGUUCCUUAUUGAAUUAAAAAUUUUAAAUUUUAAAGAAUCUCUAUUUUUUAGAUUAUUGAGUUUUAAGCCCAAGUUGAUGACUAAAGCACUUCGAAUGGCUGAUUCCGUAGCUUCCUGUCGUCUCAAAGCAUCUGAAAACAACUUCAUUAGGUACAUCUUCCCAAGCUUUUGAUAAGUAAUAUAUUUUUAUAUAUAUAAAAAAUUUGCAUAUAUGAAAGUCGUAUGAUCAGGGAUAAGGGUUAAUUUCCCCAAUUUUUAGGAAUAAUUUUUACAGUAUAGUUCGAUCAAGGAUGAGGCGGAGUUAGGUAUAAAUUUAUCCUUAUACUGAUAAACUUUCCCAAAAAAUAGAAAUUUUUUCAAUGGUUUUUACCAGAUGUAAGUAGAAUUUUAUCACGAAAAAGUUUUUAUCUUAAUAGAUGAGUAUGAUCGCCCAUUUAA